UUAGAUAUUCGAAAUCAAAAGUAAUUCUUCGCUCCCCAUGUCGAAUUUGGAAGAAACCAGUGAGUCAGCGAGUCAGUCGUCGGAGUCCUUGCAAGUGGUUCCGGGCAAAAUAGAGGAUGAGAGACUGAAUAGUUUUCUAGCGAAGGUAAUCGAGGGCUCGAUACCACCUGAAAUGUGCCCCUCACUGCUCGAACUCUACGAGACUAUUCUUCUUUCUGAUAUCCCGGCCAAGAAGUACAGCCCGAAACCCGAUGUCGGCAAAACUGAAACUGAAUGCAUUCCAAAUCAGGAGGCUUAUUUAACCAAAGGAGCGGUUCACUCGUUGCUUACUAGGAUGCUAAUGGAGGAGAAUUUCAAUUAUUCGUUGUAUGCUUAUGCGCUUAACAAGCGGUUUAUGGAUAAAAUGUUUGAGCUUUUCCGAUCGCCAGACUAUCGGGAGCGAGGAAGUGUUACGCUGGAACUCAAUAUCAUAUACCAGCACUGUGAACCGUUGCGUGUCCCAAUGUUUAGUCGUGUUAAAAACGACCUGAUGGACUAUCAACAGAUGGUUUCAUUUUCGCAGGAUUACAAUACUGUUGCUGCCAUGUUGAACCUCUUGAGCGAUAUGUUGCUAAUGGAAGAGCCUUUGCCGCCGGGUGAGCCUGCAAAAUUGCUCUCGAGUGUACUUCUGCCCCUUCACAAGCAUCCGCACCUGACGAUCUUCCAGGCUGAGCUUGUCGAUGCCAUUGUCCACUGUGAGUUACGAGAAAAUUCAUUUGGUCCAGUCAUUGCUAAAUAUUUUCUCAUAAAAUGGCCGCACACUGCGGUGGAGGAGCGCUCAACAUUCGACUUUUUUGUCUGUGUAAUGAAGAAAAUGCCGUUUGUGUGGAUAGAUCCGAUAGUUAAUCUAUUUUUUCGUCGUCUAACUCACUGCUUGAUCUCACACUGCGAGGUGGUGCAUGAGACGGCCUGGAACUUUACGGAAACGGGCUUUGGCCACAACAUGACACAACAGUAUGAAGAUGAGUUUUUGGAGGUAGUCCUUUCAAAACUUAUUAAGCCAUCCAUUGAACAUUGGUCGCGUAAGGUGCGCUGCAAUUUGGGCUUAAUGUUGGCCAGAAUAGAUCAAGACGAAAGAUUGAAACUAUUCACCGACCAUGGUCACGAAUAUUGGCCCAAUACCCACAAGUUAAGGCACAACGAUUUCGAAUAUCCCAAUGAGCUGCCAAGUGAUUUUUAUUUUAAUUCGGAUUAAUCAUGCCGGAUAAAACUGUUCUAUUGUCUUUCUCUAUAGUACAUAUUUUUAAUCAAAAUAAUGUU